UAUAUUCCGAAUGCUGCGAAUAGCUUGCCGUGGAGGAUUCUGGAUAGAUUGAGUAACCUGAGAAUGAGGAAACAUCUGUCGAAAGCUUGCAGCUUAUGGGUGAAGAACGGCGUUAUUACCAAGUCUAUGAUAUCGAAUUUGCAAUCGCAUAUCGGUACAGAUAACACUAUAGGCGCGUGGAUACUGUUAGCCGCUCUAGCUGAGAAUAUGAAGAUUCCGAAUAUAGAUAAAUAUAUCGCAGAUUAUAAGGAAGUUAUUCGAAAGAACGAUUUCCACGCCAGUUUAGUUUUACACGUUUUGAGGCACGCUUGGUCCAUCUUGAAUCAUGAUUACCUCGAGGAUCUCUAUCAGCAUCUUUACAAAUGUAUUUGUCACUUCGAAAUCAAUUUCAACUUAAUCAGUAUCUGUCUGGAUAUUUUGAAUAGUAUCUUACGGUAUUUACAUGUCGACCAGAGCAAUCACGUGAUAGAAUCGGAUAUGGUGGAACUGAUGAAAUUGUCGGAGAUGGAGAUUCAAGAUUUGUUGAAGGAGAACAGAAAUUGUACGCAAGACACAGUGAAAAUCAGAGCUGUAUUUACACUGAGUCACGCAUCGCUUUUCUGCACCAACAAGAUUUCGUCGUCAACUUUACGAAUUUUUGAACGAUUACUGUUGCAAUGGGAAUCGUUACCAGAUACGGUGAAAGAAAUAAAGGAUCUACAGGCAUCCGCGGUGGUCCUUCUCUGUCAGCAAGCGCUGAGAGAUCGCGAAGUCGCGAAAAAAGUCACACCGAUACUUGGUAACGUAAUGCGUCAGGAAACGAAUUCGAAUUCAUUGAUAAAAACAUCGGUGAAGAUAAACGCUGCGAAAGCGCUAGCCGAUAUCUGCGUGAGAUUUACUGCUCUUGUGGAACCGUAUCUUCCGGACUUAUGCAUCAGCAUGAAGGAUCCGAAUCCAGCCGUACGAGAAGCUAUAGUGGUGAUAUUUAUUGAGUUAUUGCUGGAAGAUUUUAUAAAGAUGAAGGGACCAUUUUUCUUUCACAUAUUGAUGAUGCUGUCGGACACAAAUAGCAUGAUACGCGAGUUAACGACCUUUCUAGUGGAA